GGCUCCAGCACGUCGCCCGGCGGCGCGGCAGUUCCCGCGGCCAUGGCGGGGCGGGCGCAACACGGGCCCGCGCUGGCAACUGGAUCUGCGCCAGCAGGCGCGGAGACGGAGGCGCGUCACGCGAUGCCGCGAUGAAGCACUCCUCGCCGGUGCCACGAGGCUUCACUGGCAUCCCGCGGAGGCCGACCCAGUCCAUCAUGCAAGGGCGGCCAUCGGUGCGCUCGUACCAGUCACAGCCAUCCCAGGUGAGCCUGCCUGGGCGCAGGGCCCUGCCUGGUGCUGGGCGCCGCAUCCUGGAAGGCGUCAGCCCCCGCAUGGGCGAGGACAGAGGACUCCCAGCGCUCGGCCAGGUCGGCGCGGGACACCGCCAGCAGUGUCAGCGCUACUGCCGCCGCAGCUGCGGUUGAAGAUGUGGACGAUGCCUGCGACGAUGGAGGCGCCUCCGCGCUGGAGCUGGCGAAGGGCAGCGAGGCGCUGUUGACGCGCUUGGCGGAGGUGGGCAGCGCGAACAACCAGCUGCUGAGUCAGCUGCAGGCGCAACAGCGGGAGGUGCAAUUGCUGGAGGAGUCUGGCCGCCAGCAGCAGGGGCUCCUCCGCGACUUCGAGCGCCGGGCCGAGCGCGAGCGCCGCGCGGAGGCGGCCCGCGCGGCGGAUGCCCUCGGCCAGUCCGAGGCCGUGCGCGCGUGCGCCCGGCGGCAGAGCGCGAGGCACUGCACAGGGAGGAGACUCUGAGCCUCGAGCUGGCCGAGCUGCGAGCGGAGCCUCAACGGCCUUCGGGAGUCGUCCACCAGGGAGACGGAGGAGACUGCGGGGGCAGCUCCGCGAGGCAGAGCUGGGCCGCGAGGAGGCGCAGACUCGGAUCCAGGAACUGGAGGGCCGCCUCGGGUGCGCCGCCGAGGACGCGGCCGGCGCCCCGUCCCGGGAGCAGGGCCUUGAGAUGGAGUGCAACCUGCUCCGCUCCCGCUUCGCCAAGCAGGUGGCCAGCUGCCAGGCUGCUGAGCGAGCGUUGACAGAAUCCAGAGCCCAGCAGAAUCACCUGAAGGCCGGGCUGGAGCGCAGCACCGGGGAGGUGCGCCAUCUGCGCCAGAAGCUGGCCGAGGCGCAGGAUGCGGCAGUUGAUUGA